AUGAAAAGUCGCUGUGCCUUACUUAUCUCACAUUUGAAGAAUGACCUCAAACAUAGAUUUCCACAUGCAGGGCAUCGAAUCAACAGCAAAAUGCAGGGCAUCGAAUCAACAGCAAAGAAUAAAGGAAACUCGGAAAGUAAGGAGCCAUGCUUCCUUUGCGGAAAUGAUGUGCCACCAGAAGUUGAUGGUCGGAUCACUAAUUACAUUAAAUGGUUCCGUUGCAAUGUUACUGAGUGUCGGUCGCUCGCGCACGAGUGGUGCAUUAAACUUCUUGGGAAAAAGUGCAUGCAGUGCGAAAAGGGAAUGCUUGUGGUCACUGAGGAGUCGUCUUUGCAAACCGAUUGA